AUGGGCGCUGCCGGAAUUUUACGGGCUAGAUGGAAAUGGCCGUUAGGUGCUAGCGCGCUCUUGGGGAGUGGGUAUUCCUUUUCUGCAUUCAUCGGGGGACGACCCAUAAAUUGUGAUGCAGGACGCAAUAUCGCAACCUGGAAACCUAGGCCCCAUACUAAGGAGUCUAGCCAAGAAGAGCUGGAGAAGGAUGUGGUUUCUAAAGAUCACCUUUCUGAAGAAGAGGUUUCGGCUUGGGAAAAGCUGGGGCAGAAGCUAGGGAUUCCAAGGGGUUCGUUUAACUCUUUGGAAUGGGCGGAUCACUUAAAGAGCUAUGUUGUGCCAACGUGGACCUCACUACUCCCGGAAAAGUUGCAGAGUCUUCAACGAGAGCUGUCAAUGGCCCAAGGGUCACUGGCUGAUGAUAUUUGGUCAGAAGCGCAAGAUCCAACUUCCAAUCCCGAGAUAACGCGGUCCGCCACCGUCCGAAUUGGCGAAGGGAUCUGUCGCAAGGAGCAAUACUUUCAAUGGCGACGCCGCCGAGCAAUUGCGAAGAAACUUGCCGAUUACCUAGGUCUUGAUGAAGAUGUGCAUCCAGAUGAUGUACCGGUGAUUGCUAUGUGUGGUUCCGGCGGGGGCCUGCGUGCUCUUGUAGCCGGUACUGGCUCUUAUCUUGCAGCGCAAGAGGCUGGACUGUGGGAUUGCGUGAUGUAUACAGCCGGAGUCAGCGGGUCUUGCUGGCUACAGGCAAUUUAUCACUCUUCCCUUGCAAAACAGGAUUUUGGAACAAUGAUUGAUCAUCUUAAAAGCAGACUUGAUAUACACAUUGCGUUUCCGCCUGCCGCUCUAAAUUUAUUGACAACAACCCCAACAAACAAAUAUUUGCUGCGGAGCGUGGUUGAAAAAUUGAAAAGUGAUCCGGAUGCGGAUUUUGGCUUAGUCGAUAUCUAUGGGAUCUUGCUAGCUUCUAGGCUUCUUGUGCCAUCCGGCGGAAAUGUUGGACCUCUGGAUCGCGACCUCAAACUUUCCAGUCAACGCAGCCAUAUUGAUUCCGGCGCCAACCCCUUACCCAUAUAUACAGCAGUUCGGCAUGAAAUACCAGAUAUUUCUUCAUCUGAAAACACGGAAACCGAAGCCUUACUAAACGAGAGAAGAAAGGAAGCUAAGCAGGAAAGUUGGUUUCAAUGGUUUGAAUUCACUCCCCAUGAGUUUUUUUGUGAAGAGCUUGGAGCGGGAAUACCGAUCUGGGCACUGGGACGACAGUUUGAAGCAGGAAAAGACAUUUCACCUUCUCAUGGUCGUUUUGCUCCCGAAUUAAGAAUUCCGGCGCUUAUGGGUGUUUGGGGCAGCGCAUUCUGCGCAACUUUAGCGCACUAUUACAAGGAAGUACGGCCAGCAUUGACGGGAAUAGCUGGGUUUUCUGGAAUCGGUUCUUUAAUAGAAGAGCGAAAUGAAGAUCUAGCUCGGGUGCACCCAAUAGACCCAGCAACAGUACCCAAUUUUAUUCUGGGGCUGGAGGGUAAACUACCUGAAUCCUGCCCCGAAUCUAUAUUCAGAGAUUCGCACCUCCGCCUGAUGGAUGCCGGCAUGAGCAAUAACCUACCCAUAUACCCACUGUUACGUCCUGGCCGAGACGUUGACCUCAUUAUUGCUUUUGAUGUAUCGGCCGAUAUCAGAGAGGAGAAUUGGCUCUCCGUUGUCGAUGGGUAUGCCCGCCAGCGUGGAAUAAAGGGCUGGCCAAUGGGUGCAGGAUGGCCAAAAAGUGAUACUGCACCUGAAGAAACAGCAUCUGCCCUCGAAAUAGUAGAAGAGAGUCGCAAAAACGCCAACGACCACCAAAACUUGGAAGAGAUAGAUCAAGUUCCCAAGUUACCAACACACUUUGAACCCGGCAAGACCGAUCUCACAUAUUGUAAUAUUUGGAUUGGUACGACGGAGGAGAGGAAAUUGUCUGCCGAGCCGCCCCCUUCUAAGAGAAUCACCUUUUCGGGCACUCAAGGCGACCAAGAUGCCAACUUCCAUGUUAUGAAACCUGAGGCGGGCAUCGCGGUUGCUUAUUUCCCCUUGAUACCGAAUCCAGCAGCUCCCCGCCUUCAAUCCAAUACCGAGGCAUCGAAUUUCACUUCGGAGGAGCCGAAGAUUAACAAUGCAACCGUUGAUGAUUCCAGUCACGCUGUCCCCAUAGAUCCUGCUAAAGAUGACUUUUUGAGUACUUGGAACUUUGUCUAUACACCACAGCAAGUUGACGCUGUGGUUGGGCUGGCAAAAGCAAAUUUUGCCGAAGGGGAAGAUCAAGUGAAGCGGGUGGUUAGGGGAAUAUACGAGCGGAAGAAGAAGAUCAGAUUGGAAAAACAACGCGAAGAAGAUUUGCGGGGUCUUAGCCAAUUAUCCUAA